AAAUAUGCAAAGUUAUAGCCAACUGCCAUCCUUACUGGAUACUGCGGAAUAAAAGUAACCUACUGACAACAUGAAAGAAUUAAAUUUUACCCAAAACAAGAUAAACCCUUUUUGUCAUUCUUCCCCUUAUCCAAGUGCAAAAAUAUGAAAUCUAAAUCAAUAUAUCCAUUUUGUUUGCCCAUAUCAUGCUGAUGCAUGACCUUUAUCCAUCUCAGCUUUUAUAAAUGGGACUGAAAAUCAGCCAAAGUUUUCUGAAUUUUUUAGUCAUACUACUACAAUUUUUUAGAGAGAGAAAUGGAAGUAGAAUUUCAAGGUUCAAUUUUUCACCAAAUUCGAGCGGAAAUUCCUCCUGUUAUCAAACCCAAUAAUACCCAUAUUGGCAUUCUUAGAAUCCCCUCAACUUUUGGAGAAAACUUUCCUUAUUCAUGUUCAAGAUGGAAAUCAGUAGAAGUACAUUGCAAUAACAGUCAGAGUUUACAGCACUCUGCUGUGUCGACUAGUGACAGUCAGAGGCUACCUGAGCUUUCUUUCAACAGGUUGCAGCCUUGUGACAAGGAGUGUGAUGGAUUACGUAGGCAUAAAUUUGGUCGAUUUCUGGCUCGUGAAGCUGUUCUUGAUGAAGAAUACUGGACAGCAGCAUGGUUGCGUGCAGAAGCUCAUUGGGAAUCUGUAUCAUACAUGCGGCACAUAGAAGCAUUCAAAAGAAAGUAUGCAGAGCAGGAAUUCUAUGCACUGAAAAGUCGAUGCUCUGGACAAGAUGGAAACUCCCUAAAGUGCCUCUGUCUAGUCGCAAUGAAAAGGGAGGAGAAAAAUGUCAGGAGAACUGUGCUUAACAGUGUUGUUGGAACUCUAGAUUUAAGCAUACGGCAAUUUUUGCAAGGAGAAAUAUAUCCAGGGGAGACAAAGAGGUCAUCUGGAAUCUUGGCAAGUCAGGUGCCCUUUGAUGCACACAAGUAUGCGUAUGUUGCUAAUGUUUGUGUUUCAAAAUUUGUUCGGCGCCAGGGAAUUGCUUCAAAUUUGCUUCAUUUGGCCACCGAUGUUGCUGUCACAUCAGGUAUGAAGCAACUGUUUGUUCAUGUUAAUUUAGACAACAAGGCUGCUCAAGAAUUAUACUCUAAAGCUGGUUUUGAGAUUGUGGAGGGUGCCUCAUCCGCCUCAGAAGUUCAGAGGCUUUUAAUGUUGAAGGUGCUAUGAGACUUCUAUGACUUUUAUACAAAUUUAUAUCCAACACGUGUAAAUAUUUUUUUAACCUCUAUAAAGGUAUCUCUCUCUCUACCUUA